UUUCAUCUCAUUUCGUUUUGGAGAAACAGCGCUCGUUCUUGUGACGGCGAACGAUGAAGAAAGACGAGAUGGUGAAGCUGAUCAGCGCCGAGGGCUUUGAGUUCGUCAUAGAUCUCAAAGCCGCCAUGCUUUCUCAGACCCUGGGCGGCGUGCUCACCUUUCCAGGUGGAAUCAUGGAGAAGGGGCACGGAGAACUGAGGUUGCGCGAGAUAAGCACCCCAAUACUUGAAAAGAUCUGCCAGUACUUAUAUUGGGCAUUGCGAUUCGCCAGUGUAGAGGAGACAGAUUUUCAUAUUGAACCGGAAAUAGCUUUGGAGUUGGCAAUGGCAGCUAAUUAUCUUGAUGCAUGAGUGAUUUUAUGAAUCCUUGUAAUUUCUUGACUAGCCUCACCUGUGAUAGUGGUGAUGUUUAUACGGGUAGCUAUUUUAUUGUUAGCAUUAUUUUGGAAUAUAGUGUACACUUUGUUAUGUUCGAUGAAGUAAUUUAGUUGUUCUUUUCUAUUUCCAUUGCUUUGCACCAUUGUCUUGCUGACCCCAAAAAAAUGUGCAUUUAUGUUUGUGCAACCAUUCUCGGGGUGUGCGUGUG